GUCAUUUCCAACAAAGCAAAUUCAAUUCAUUUCGCACUUCUUUUCUAAACCUCUCUUUUAUCAUCAUCUUACAACUUCACCUACCUAACCUUCUCUUUCUCUCGCUUCCUCUGAAAGCAGAUGACACAAAUGGUUUCUGCAUCGUCCAAGACGAAAGCUUUAGACCCCCCUCUUCACGCCUUAGGUUUCGAGAUCGAUGAACUAUCUCCCACCCGUGUCACUGGUCGUCUUACCGUUUCUCUAAUCUGCUGCCAGCCUUUCAAGGUGUUAAACGGUGGUGUGUCUGCUUUGAUCGCCGAGUCUUUAGCAAGUAUGGGAGCUCACAUGGCUUCCGGUUUCAAAAGGGUCGCUGGAAUUCAACUCUCCAUAAACCACGUAAAGAGUGCCGAUCUGGGAGACCUUGUCUUCGCCCAAGCAUCCCCUGUAAGCACAGGCAAAACCAUUCAGGUCUGGGAAGUCAAGCUUUGGAAGUCAACACAGAGAACUGAGAAGAAAAUAUUAAUAUCUUCCUCCAGAGUCACACUUCUAUGCAACCUUCCUGUCCCAGAUCACGCCAAAGAUGCAUCAGACCUGCUAAAAUUGAUCUCCAGAUUGUAGAUUUCAAAGCCUUCUUUUUCUUUCUGUCUAUAUAUAUGAUUGUGUUUAUCUUGCUACUGGCUUCUUAUUGUCACUUGUAUGUAUCAUCAUCUAAACAUCUACUCCUUUUGGGUGAUAAUAAGCUAAAAGUGGCAAAACAUAGUUAACUGUAA